AGUCGUCUCAGUCUAACGAAUCAGUUCCUCUCCGCACGCCGCGGUGUACGGACGUAAUAUCGUAUACGUCAUUGUAACUGUCGAUAUCAUUUGUUUGGGAGAUUCGCAUCGUUGACUGUGACUUGCCAAUUAUUAACACGAAUAGUGUCCCUGAUAGUUUUCUCAAGUUCUUCAGUGAACGGAUGAACUGUUUCCACAUCCUGCAAGAAAUCUUUAGAGUCGAAUGUAAAAAUAUAGGCGUCGUGUAGAACGGCUCCAACGCGUGUGACUGUCUGAUCGAUACUUUUAAAUGAUAACAUGUAUUCAUUGAGAUAUUUGAGAAGACGGUGAAGUUGGUGUGAAGUGUUGAGUGUAGUGUGAGCGGCCGUCCGCCUGUUCGAAGGUACGGUGUUCCGUGCGAAGCGGUUAGCGAUGCGGUUAAACUAGUGAAUAUGAUGUGGCGUGUGGUGUCGCUGGUGCUGGUGCUGGCGGGGGCGGAGGCUCUCCAGCCGCGCUGCGAGGAGAUUACUAUACCCAUGUGUAGGGGCAUCGGAUACAAUCUUACGUCUUUCCCUAAUGCUCUCGACCACGACACACAAGACGAAGCCGGCCUAGAGGUCCAUCAAUAUUGGCCGCUGGUGGAGAUAAAAUGUUCAGCCGACCUGAAGUUCUUCCUGUGUUCCGUGUAUACUCCGAUAUGUAUAGAAGACUACGCCAAGCCUCUGCCGGCAUGUCGCAGUGUCUGCGAGCGUGCGCGGGCGGGCUGCGCACCUCUCAUGCAGAAAUACGGCUUCCAGUGGCCCGAGCGUAUGGCGUGCGAGAAGCUACCGCGUCUCGGGGACUCCGAGCACCUGUGUAUGGAGGAACCGGACCGCGCACAGGAACCCGAACCGCCGCGCCCCCCGCCGCGCCGUCCAUACAAAAACUGCAAGGAUCCAAAAAACUGCGAAAGCGGCCCGGCUGCGAGCCCGGGCGAGGCGGGCGGCGACGAGUGCGCGUGCGCAUGCCGGCCGCCCCUCGUCAGCGUGCGCGCGCUGCACAACGCCAGCGCCACGGCGGCCGGCGUGCCCGGCUGCGCGCUGCCGUGCCGCGGGGCCUUCUUCACAAGGGAGGAGAAGGAGUUCGCGGCCGUGUGGGUCGCGCUGUGGGGCGGUCUGUGCGCCGCCUCCACACUCAUGACGCUCACCACCUUCCUCAUUGACUCGCAGCGGUUCAAGUACCCCGAGCGGCCGAUCGUGUACCUCUCCGCCUGUUACUUUAUGGUGGCCCUCGGGUACCUGGCACGGCUCGUCAUCGGCCACGACGAGGUGGCCUGCGACGGCGCUCUCCUUAAGACCUCCUCCAACGGCCCCAGCGCCUGCACGCUGGUGUUCAUUCUGGUUUACUUUUUCGGCAUGGCGUCCUCUAUCUGGUGGGUGGUGUUGUCGUUUGCGUGGUUUCUAGCGGCGGGUCUCAAGUGGGGCAACGAGGCGAUCGCCGGUCACGCUCAGUACUACCACUUGGCAGCGUGGCUCGUGCCGGCCGCUAAGACCGUGGUGGUGCUGCUCGCGGGAGCCGUGGACGGAGACCCCGUGGCCGGCGUGUGCUACGUCGGCAACACCUCCUCCGAGAACCUCAAGAAGUACGUGCUGGCGCCGCUCGUGGUGUACUUCGCAUUAGGCGCCACGUUCCUGUUGGCCGGUUUCGUGUCGCUGUUCCGCAUCCGCUCCGUGAUCAAGCGGCAGGGCGGCAUCGGCGCCGGCUCGAAAGCUGACAAACUCGAGAAAUUGAUGAUCCGCAUCGGCGUCUUCAGCGUGCUGUACGCGGUGCCGGCCGGCGUCGUGAUAGGCUGCCUCGCCUACGAGGCGGAGGGUCGCGAGGCAUGGCUGCGGCGCGUGGCGUGCGGAGCCUCGUGUGGACCGCGUCCUCUCUACUCAGCGCUCAUGCUCAAAUACUUCAUGGCGCUGGCGGUGGGCAUCACGUCCGGAGUCUGGAUCUGGUCCGGCAAGACGCUGGAGUCGUGGCGACGAGUGUGGCGCGGCGGGAGGGCUCCUCCCCCCGCACACCGCGCGCUCGUGAAGGGGGCCGUGUGACGAGCCCCCGCGGGGCCGGCCGCCCCGCCAGCACCCCCCCUGCCGCCCGCGCCGCCGACCCUGCCCGCGCCGCCCCCGAGCCUGCCGCCGCCGGCCAGCCUGCCGUCUCUGCCCGCCACCGCUCCCUCGGCUCGCUCGCAGCAGCCGCUCUCGGACUACGGACCGGUCUAGACACGACUCGACCCCUUGAGAUGUCCUCCCCGAGAUGCUAACUCUCGCGGCGCGUCGAUGUAAACAGUGGAAUCACUUUGCGGCUCAUGUAACUGUUCGAGUGAGAAUUCCUUGCCUAUUUAAGUGUAUACCAUGUGAAGACAGUUGAACCCGGUGUGAAUCGCAGACUCCCGCACGGUGGCGAGCGGCCCCGUGCCGGUCGACGUGAGUGUGGACUGUGGAUACCUUUAUAUUGUAUGAAUGUAACAUGUGAUAGAUAGUAAGGAGCGCCGCGGCGGAGUGGACCGCGGACCGUGGAGACGGCCGCCGCGAACCGCUCUUUCUUAUAUACGUAAUAGUUCUUAAGUACGGCGGUGGCGUCCGAACCCGCAUCGCUUCUCGAAAAUUAUAAACCGGUAGAUAGUCUACCCUAUAAGCUUAUAAGCGAAACUAUUUUAGAGUUAAAAUCAAUAUUUCCAUGUCUAGAUCGCUUUUACACGGAAGAGUGCCAUCUAAUGUCUGCUCCUGGGACUAACGUGAACCAAAAGGGUCAAUUUCCAAAGAACUGUCCUCCGCGCGGAAGGAGACAUUAGGUGGCAUUUAUCUGAUUAGCACAAUGUCCGAGCUGCCGGUGAGAACGGAAUCAAACAUUCAAAGAAACGGCCUUCAUACACAGAGCCGAUUGACACUUCUAUUAAAACUGCCUUCUUGAAAGUUAUCAUACCAAAUUAUGUUUAUGAUUCUUUGUCUUAAAUACUUUUUUGGCGGCAGUUUUGAAAGGACCGAACUCGUUGAUUUAUAUAAAUUCCAUCGUAAAAUGUUAAUUUUAUUAUUAAACCUCAAAAUAAGAUGUCGAUAUAGUAAGGUUAGUUUUAAAACACUAAGUCACCCCUGUAAAUAACAUUAGUGAGAGAUAAUGGUUAUGACUCAUGUUUGUAAAUUAAGACCACGUCAAUAAUUAAUAUCGUAUCGUUUAGAUCUUGUAAGAAUCGCCAUUUCUCUAUGUCAGUACCUUAAAUGGCCGACAGAUGGAGUAGUUCGAGCUAGUGACGCCAUCUAUGAGCUAAUAGUAAUAACUAACACUGCCAUCUCUUAUUUAGUAGUAGUACUAAUUUCCAUGUGAUGGUGGGUAGGAAUAUUUGACGUUGCGUGUGAAGUGCAAUAAUUUUGUAUCUUUCUAUAUUAAUGUAAAGUAAACGAGAAGUGGGAUGUUCAUGUAUACACGGACACCGCAGCCGAUAAAUCAUCAUGUAAUUUAUUUUAUUCCUAACUGUAGAUAAAUAAAGUGACUUUUUUAAUGUA